AUGACAGAUAAGGUAAUGAGCACAGGCAAAGGAGGUGUCAAAUGCAAUGGCAAAGGCGAGAUGAACCCAUAUGAAGGAGAGUUCGGAGCCGAGGCAUGGCCGGGUUUCAAAAAGAAGGCCGGUAGCGUGAUUACAGCACAGAAGAAGCUGGUGAAGACGAUGAUGGCCGAGUACAUAAUUGAAUCUAUUGAUUCUGCUAUCGACAAAGUCAAGAACAAAAGAAGAUCAAGCCUGACGAUCAUGGAAAGCAUUUAUAGCACAAAACAAAGCAGAUUGAUUUUGUUCAAACCUCCACUUAGAGUUUCGCAGUCAGUGUUCAAGGAUCUUCCAGACUAG